GCGGUAAAAAGAAAGGAAAGAAAAAGGGCAAAACAAUGCUCCUUACAGCAUUCUUGUCGAAUGAUACAUCACAAGGUAGUGGAAGUAGUGUUGUAUAUGCAGCAAAACCAACUACAACAACAAGCUGGGCUGACGAAAGUGAAGAUCUUCCCGUUCACG